UGUGUAAAUAGAAACAGAAAUAGAACAUAGAAAAAAAAAAAUUAUGUCAAAUUAUUUCAAUCAUUCAAUGGUGACAAAUUUUCUUCGUUAUGGAAUCAUUUCCAUAAUGAUCAUCAUUUUAUUCAUUCGUUUAAUACGAUUCAUAUUCGAAUGGUUCAAAUUGAAAUCAUUUAUCGAUAAAUUUGAUGGUGUAACAUUUCCAUUGUGGCAAAUAACUCUUGGACAUUUGUAUUUGAUUCUUAUUAAAAAUUCCACAAAAGAAACAUUGGUGGAUGCAUAUUUUCGAAUCGUUCUUAGUUUCACCGAACUUUUCAAUCAUACAACAACAAAAAUAUGGUUUUCAUUCGUACCAACCAUUAUUAUUCAUCGGGCUGAUUGUGCUGAGAAAGUAUUAUCCAGUAAUAAUACAUUUUUAGAUAAAGAUCAAUAUUAUGAAAUGCUCAAACCAUGGCUACAAGAAGGACUGUUGACCAGUGGAUCGGAUAAAUGGCGUUCAAGACGAAAAUUAUUGACACCAACAUUUCAUUUUAAUAUAUUGGAACAAUUUCUACCGAUUAUGAAUGAACAGGCUAAUAUUCUUUCCAAUAUAAUUAAAGAUAAUCAAAUGAAAUCGGUGAACAAUUAUCUGAAUAUUGUACCAUUGAUGACCAAUGCCACGUUGGAUGUUAUCUCGGAAACGGCAAUGGGUGUGAAAAUUGGUUCACAACUUGACAGGAAUCGUGAUUAUGUCGAUACAGUUACAAGAGUUUCAGCUACUGUUUUGAAACGAAUGAUACUACCUUGGCUACGAUACAAUUUUAUCUAUUUCAAUCUAUUCACUGAAGGACGUCAACAUCGUCAAGAUAUUAAUCUGGUUCAUCAAUUCACAAUGAAUGUGAUUAAAGAACGUAAAAAUGAAAUUCUUAGCCAGAAGAAAAAAAGAGAAGAAAAUGAAAUUAACGAUUCAAAUGAUUUAGAUCAUCAACAUGGUCAUCAUCGUCGUCGUCGUUUAGCAUUCAUGGAUCUAUUGAUCGAGCAACAUUUGAAAGAUCCAAAACAAUUUACCGAAUCGAAUAUUCGUGAAGAAGUGGAUACAUUCAUGUUUGAAGGCCAUGAUACAACGGCAAUGUCAUUGAUAUGGACAUUACAUUUGAUCGGCAAUCAUCCGGAUAUUCAGGAUCGUGUACAUAAAGAAAUUGACGAAAUACGUCAACAAUCUUUUGAUGAUCAAGAAUUUUCUACAAUCAAUUGGUCAAUGGAUCAAUUACGACAGAUGAAAUUUCUGGAAGCCUGUAUAAAAGAAUCAUUACGAUUAUAUCCAUCAGUUCCAAUGAUUACACGUUACACCCAUAAAGAUAUGGAAAUUGAACCCGGUCUUAUCAUACCAAAAGGAACAUCUGUUGCCCUAGUACUUUAUAAAAUUCAAAGAGAUCAAAAAUAUUUCCAACAACCAGAACGCUACAUACCGGAUCGUUUUAUCGAAGAUUCUGAACAUUAUUGUGGCCGUAUGAAUCCAUUUGCUUUUGUACCAUUUUCAGCCGGACCACGUAAUUGUAUUGGACAGAAAUUUGCAUUGCAAGAGGAGAAAAUCGUGUUGGCCACAUUAUUAUCUAAUUAUAAAAUCAUAUCUGGUGAUUUGAUUGGCAACAUUGCACUUAAUGCAGCAUUAAUAUUAAGACCAAAAUCAUCGGUUAAUAUUCAUUUCAUAUAUCGUCAUAGUCAUUACCAUACAUGAGAGCAAAAAAUAAUGUUUUUUGGUUUUUUCAUAUAUGACUGAAAAUAUAAAAACAAAAAUUGAUUACAAAAUUAAAA